AUGGAUAUACUCCGCAUUGCAUCAUAUCAUCGGCGAGAUUACGACCUCGCUGUCCUCAGAAUAAAUCCCGGUGACCAUGACCAGGUCCGCAGCUCGCUGCUCUCACCAUCCCGCGAUCCUUCAAGUUUAGGACACCUGGAAACCCUAUCACUGGAAAUCCUUCACGAAAUAUGCCUCUACCUAGACAUCCAGUCCUUGUUCCAAUUCCGCCACACCAAUCGCCGCAGCCAGCAGCUCGUCAGUGCAACGUAUCCCUACAAACCCGUAAUCCACCACGCUCUGGAAGCCCUCUGUAUCAUCUUAAGAACCGGCGCCGCGUCGUAUUUCACACUCCCCGACCUAUUCGAUGUCCUCUGCACAAGAGACUGUUAUUUCUGCGGCGCCUUCAGCGGCUUUCUCUUCCUCCCGUCAUUCAAAACAUGCUGUUUCACAUGCAUCCGGGAAGACGCGCUUCCAUGCGCGAUAUCCUUCCCGGCAUAUAUGAGACGACCUGGUGUUCCCAGUGACUUUGUACCUACAAUGAGAGCUCUCCCUGGAGUAUACUCGCUGAAGGAAAUCCCGUGGAAGGCGUCAGAGGCCAGAGUCAGAUUGAGGACGUCCGACUAUGUCUGGCCGGGGAAGAUCACACGCAAGAGACGGUCACCGACGCUGUCUUAUGUGUCGUCUACGGUUUUACCGUAUUUUGACCCUGGGAGUGGUGCCGUUCAGGGAGGUGUCUCCUGUAGUGGAUGUCAGGUUGCUUUGGAGAAGAAGCUGUCUGGGGAAAGAGUUGAGUCGCGGGAUACUGAGCUGAGGGAUAAGGUGUAUUCGCAGGGCGAAUUUCUGGCUCACUUUAAGGAUUGCCAAGGGGCGAGAGAAUUAUGGGAAUUGAGCGGGCAGGGCAUUAGCGCAGCGGAUGUGUCUGAGUUUGUUAGAUGUCGGGGUUAUUUUGGUAAAAGGGAUGUUGAUAUUGCUUUUAAUCCUUGUGAUUGA